GUGGCCGGAUUUCCGGUUCCGGGUUCAACGGACCGAGGGCUUGCAGCUGGGGCGGGCGGGCCUUUGGGAACUGGCGAGGAACGCGGGCCGAGCCUGGCCGGGCCGGGCCAGGCGGCGAGAGCCGAACAGGCGGCCACCUCUGUUGCCCACCACUCUCUCCCCUCCCCCGCCCUCAGCCCUCCAUGGCUGAGGAGUGGCUGGAUUGCCCCGCGUUGGGCCCCGGCUGGAAGCGCCGAGAAUCCUUCCGAAAAUCUGGGGCCACCUGUGGUCGUUCGGACACCUACUAUCAGAGCCCUACGGGAGAGCGCAUCCGCAGUAAGGUUGAGCUGACGCGCUUCUUGGGCCCAGACUGUGACCUUCGCUGCUUUGACUUCAAACGGGGUGUUCUCCAGUACUUGCCUGCCAAGGCAUCUUCUCAAAAGAGGAAGAGACGAGCCUGGCCCAAGAAGACCAAGCCAUCUCGCAAGGAAAAGCAGCCUCCAGAGCCCAGACUUGGCCCGCCUGCUCCCCAGGGCCCUGUAGCUAUGCUCCCCUUCCUUCUCAGAUGGUGUGAAAACUGUGGAACCAGUAUCUCGGGGGACGGCACUGGGCGCCAGCGUCUCAGGUCUCUGUGUAAAGGCUGCCGAGCCCAGAGAAAUGCCUUCAACCGGGAACAGAGAAUGUUCAAGCGAGUUGGCUGUGGUGACUGCAAGGCCUGCCAGGUGACAGAGGACUGUGGUGUCUGCUCUGCCUGUGUUGUGCAGCCUCCCCAGCCUGGCUCUCCCCAGCACCCCCAAAGCCUAUGUGUCCAGCGCCGCUGCCUCAAGAUCGUUACUAGAAGCUUUGGCUGUGGGCGAUGUUCUGGCUGUCAAACCAAGGAGGACUGUGGGGCCUGCCGGAUCUGUGAACGCAAAGGGAAACCAGGCCUCAAAAGGCAAUGGAAAUGCAUACAGCGGCGCUGCCUCAAGAAGCGGAAAAUGAAGAGACCCCGAGGGGCAGCUGCUAGGAAGCUUCCGGGCAGGCGGCGCCGAGGCCUGGUGCCACCUCCCCCAACUCAAGCCGUCAGCCCUUCAAGCACUGCUAAGAAAUGCAUGGAGCUUUGGGGGUCUCGCUCCUCCAUGGGCUCAGUCUCUGCCCUUGCUCUCUGUUUUUUCCAUCAAUCCCCUUGGGCCCCAUCCUCCCCUGCUCAGGACAGGAGCCAGGUUCGAUGUCUGACAAGGCUCCCCACAGUGGUGACAAGAGGAGGCACUGCAGUCGCUACAGCACGCUACUCCAUCUGCCGGCAGAGCCGCAAAUGUGGGGCAUGUGCAGCGUGCCGGCGCCGCGUGGACUGUGGCCAGUGCGACUUCUGCCAGGACAAGCCCAAAUUUGGGGGCUGUAACCAGAAGCGCCAGAAGUGCCGGUGGAGGCAAUGCCUGCAGUUUGCCAUGAAACGUCUGCUGCCUACAGCCAGGUGGGCCAGCCCUGCUGUAGAGGGGGCAGCUCUGUCUCCGCGCCGGGCGCGCCGCUCACGCCGUAGGAAGGGUGCCUCUGCCAAAUCUGGGGGCCUCCGGGGCCAGAGGCUGGUCACUGAGGCACUCAGCAGUGGGCUUGAGGAGUAUGAGUGUCCUGGCCUUGGGGUGUUCAUCUCGUCCCCUGCAGUGAAGCAGGAGCUUGAGAGCUAUGGGGACCAAGCUCCUGGAGCUGCCUCCCCACCCCCUGAAGGCUUCUCCCCUGGCCUCCCCAGCAAGGGAGCUAAUAGGGCACAACUCCAGCAUUCUCUGAAACAAGAGGAAAACUUGGGAAAAGGGGAGGAGGAAGAGGAGACAGAAGCAGCAGGGUCAGAGGCAGCAAAGGCAAACACUCCUGUGAUCAUGGAGAUUUAUAGUUUGAGUGGAGCCACACCAACAGCAGCAGGCCCCUGUGGAGGCCUGGACAGUGUCCUGCAAGAGUUUCUGGGAGAACUGAAUGAGCUGCCAUUGCCUGCCCAUUGGGAGGUGCUGCCACCGAGGGGCCCAGAUUUAUGUAUCGUCCAGCGUUCCCCCCUGUCCACCAUGGCUGCUGCCGUUAUCCACAUCCAGCCAGGCCUCUACUUUCACGUGGUGGUACAAGAUGUCCCUGUGCCACCCACGCAUGAGCUCUACUCAGCCCACCCCUUGCGGCUCACCACUGUGGAUGAGGUGGUAGAACUCAUCUGCAACCUGGAGGCCUACCAUCUGUGCCCUGGCUGGCCUGGCAGCUGGCAGCAGGGCCCACGUUCUCCAGACUGUCAUGUGCUAGUAUAUGGUGGCCGCUGCCAGGCCUGCUGCCGAAAGACUUGCCCCUCAGGGAGCAGCAGGAGCUGAACCCCUGCCUUUGCCCUGGGUCCCUGUGCACUGAGCUGGCCCGUGGGCUCCUUUUCCCAGCUCUCCCCACUACAUUGUGUAGGAGUCAAUCUACACUGGAAAGGCUGAGGGGAAAACAGAUGUCCUCUCCCCGUGCCUCCCCACAGAAGCCAGCAUUUACCCACCUCUCACUAUGAAUUGCUCUGGCCUGCCCCAGCCCUCUUGGGCCUCUGAAAGAGAACUUCAUAGUCCAUGUACCCCUCAUCACCCCCAUUCCCCCCACACACACACACACACACUUUCACCCUCACCUCAGGGACAUGGGCUGGGCCCACCUAGAGAAGAGCAACGGGUAUGGAAGCUUGACGUGAAGUCCCUGGGGAGGGGCAUCUGCAGGGCCAGAGGGCCACUCCCUCCCAUGCACCCCCCCCCAUCCCCCACUCCCCCCAGUGAAGCAGGAAGAAUAGUUUUAUGUACCCUGCUUAGAUGGCCUGCUUGGCUGGCCAGCUGGGCCCUGGCCUUUCUUUGCUGCCUUGACCUUUAUUUUUCUAAAUAAACUGGUGACAGUGCUCUGAG